UCUGUUAAUAUGAGCAAAUCUUCAGUUUUCUUCAGCAGGAAAACCCCAGUUCAUCUCAAGAACAUUAUUUGUGCCUCCAUGCCUGGGAUUACCUGUCAUAGAUCUACAAGAUACUUGGGCCUUCCCCUCGGUAUUGGAAGAUCAAAACUGGACACUUUUCAGUAUAUCCUUGACUCUGUGCUUGGCAGACUGCAGAGCUGGAGAUCAAAACUUUUGAGCCAAGCUGGUAAGGCAGUUCUCAUCAAGGCUGUUCUGCAAGCUCUUCCAUU